AUGACUCUGACUGUAUCCUGUGCACAGAUGUCAGUCAUCCUAGUGGGCACCAACAGCAGACUUCCCAACAUGGCCAGGGAGGUGGGGCACAACAAUUAUGACAUCAAGUUUUACCUUUCUGAAGAUGAGCACAUCACUGAAGAAGACCUACAGCUGCCCUAUCAUGUGGACGCCAUCCACCAGUUGAAGGAGGGGGUCGCAGCUCCACUGAUUGAGCAUGAUGCCAAGGUUGUGACCUAUGACCUGAGUUCAGGCAAAAACAACAACCCUUCCAUCUCUGUGCCCUUGAACCCUGACCUCUGUGGGAAAGUUGUGUAUAUUGGAGUGGAAGUCGUGGCACUGACAUUCACAGAUGCCUACCUGAAGAACAACAAAGCCGUGCAGAGGGUUACAGUGUUGUGCACAGAGGAGAAACUGGCACCUCACAAGAUGGAGUUGGAGCUGAGUAAUGCCAAGGUGUGGCCAGGUCUGGACUAUCAACUCCACAUGGACUUCCUUCUCAUGAACCUGGGCUUUCACAACGUGCCUGAAGGAGGAUCAGCCUACAGCAUACGGGUGUUCCUGUCUGCCGACUCUGUGUUUGAUGACAAUGAGGACACGCCCCUUGACAUAAAUUUUGGCGACAGCUUGGAAAAUAUAAGGCAGGAAAUCCUGCCACACCAGGAAACAGACUUCAAGGGUCUCUCGGUUCCCAUCCGACUGGACACCAAGGAGGCCUGUCUGGAGAUGCCGGACAUGCACGUGUUCCUACAGGUGGUACCAGACCCCAGCUACCUCCCCACAUACACAGCCUCGCUCACAGCAUUCUCUGUACCUACAGAGUGUGAUGAAGACCAUGUGGAUCUACAAAUAUCCCACUUUGAGGCCUCAACGGACAUCAUUUUCACUGACCAGCCAUUUGAGUAUGCCCUGGACGUGCGUAUCCUGGUGUCCAGUCUGGUCAGUCUGUCCAAGGUUGGACAGAAGUAUGACGUCACUUUCUACCUGUCCGAGGACCCUGACAUUGACCCUGAGGAUGACCUGGCACUAGACUACACCUUCGAGGAGACCCAGGGGGCCAGACUCUUCAUGAACAUCCCAGUUGGUUCCCCUCCUCAACAGCACAGCUUCGGAGGCCCACAGGGACAGCUGACUAUCCCACAGUGGGCCCAGGGGGUGGGCAGGUACUGUGGACCGGCUUACUUAGGUGUACUGCUGACUGACAAACAGAACUGGGACCUGGAUCCUUUCUUACCUGACAACAGUGCAGCACUACAGAUCCAACUUCAGUGUAGCCAUGAUGUGCUUGGUGUGUCUGACUUUUCCUUCCAUGUGGAGGGAACCUAUGACAAGAUCUGGCAGGAUGCUGGGGGAACUGUUGUGUUUGAUGUGACUGUGAGGAACACAGGCCUGCUGGACAUCGCUCCAGCUGACAACGGCACAGCAAACUUCCACCUUGUGCUCUACAGCUCUGCAGACCAGUUCCUGGACCAGACUGACCUACAGGUGCCCAUUGCUGAGAUAGACGUGGACACGGACAUGCUGGCAUCAGGACUGGCCGCUGGGGACAACCUGACCUUCACAGGGGUCAGGGCGAAGGUCAAACCAUCAGGGGACAUGUGUCAGCAGAGGUAUCUGCUGGCAUCUUGGCACCGAGGCCCAGGACUAGAUGAAAACCUUGUGGAUGGAUUGAGGGAUAACGACUUCUCUGCAGCUCUUUUUGAUUGUCACACGGCCACUGUGGAUAUUUCACCGGUGGAAGGCACUUUUGAAGUGAACAGUCCACAGCUGUCGCCGGGUGGUGCAAAAUCUACCUUCUCACUGACAGUAGAGAUAAUCCUGACAGGAAAUGCAAGGCUAACCACAGACCCCAUUUUCAACAUCAGCUUCUAUCUAUCCCAUGAUGCCUUGUGGAGUGCUGAUGACCUUGACAUAGAGUAUGACCUUGAUGACCUUCCCGCCGCCCUGUCAGGUGAUGUCACAGCAUCAGAACCUGAACUUGUACUUGACGGUACAGACCUGGUUUUGCCUGGAGGCAUGAGUACCCAGUACUGUGGUCUCUCAUACCUGGUUGCCAUUCUGGACUCACAAAACAAAGUGGAAGAGCGGAACGAAAACAACAAUGCCAUCUCCACUAUGAUCACAGUGUCCUGUCCUGAUGACAUCUACUCAGUGGAGGAUGCCAUGCUGGACGUACAGGACAUGUACUAUGUAGGGGUUCCAGCACCCAUCGUGUUCUCUAUGGAUGUCUACAACCUAGGGAUACAGAUUGGCACAGCAGAGGAAGGCACUCACAACUAUGAGCUAAAGGUGUUUGCCCAGCAGGGAGCCAUGUUGAACAUGGACGCGGCCUUUGACCUGACCCCUGACCUGUUCCUGUUCACCCCCGAGUGGCAGGAAGAGCACGCUGACGACCUUCACCGCAGCAUGACCCCUAAACGCUACACCAACGCAUCAGCCAUCAUAGAGAUUUCAGAGCUGGCAUGCAGGAGACAGAUGGACCACUUGUUCCUGGUGGUCCUGUCCAGAGAGGCUGGUGUGGACUGGAUCCUCUACAACAACUGGGUGUCUGCUGAGAUCACCAUAGACUCCUCAAGCUGUACUGUACCAGAUGCCGUGGACCUGAUCAUUGCUGAGUUUGGAAUCCAGCCCACAGGCAGGCUGUUGCUGGGUGGAUGGACAGAUCUACAGCUGAAUCUCCAUGUAGACGUCAUCAAUUCAGGAGGCUGGUCAAGUCUUGAAGAGGAUGAGCCACUUUUUGAUUACCAGGUCUUCAUUUCUCGACAUGGCCACAAGCUGCAGCUCCCCACAGCAAUUCUCCCCGGUACUGCAGCUCAGAUCAAUGAGGAAACUCUGUCUUACAGGACUAUCAAUCUUGGGAGUUACAUUGGCUGCUACAAAGACAUGAAGCCCGGCCGUGCGCUCAACGCCGUUGGUCGCCAAUCCAGCACGCUUACUGUGGCAGAUUGCAUCCAGGCCUGCGCAGACUUAAACACUCAGUAUGCAGGCUUGCAGAAUGGAGUAGAGUGCUACUGUGGGGAGGACUACAGCAGACACGGGAGGGCCAUGGAGAGUGACUGUGAUGAGCCAUGUGGGGGAAACAAUGACCAGAUCUGUGGAGGGCAUUACAGGCUGUCUGUGUACACAACCAGUCUAAAUGGAGGGAUCCAGCUGCCCAUGGAAGAGCUGAUGGGGUUCUGCGGCAUGUCCAACACUGUCUCCGUGGUGAUUGACCCUGACAACAACGUCCUGGAAACAAACAAACACAACAACAUGUUGUCUGUGGAGGAUGUGUGGGUAACCGCACAGCCGGAGGACACAUACUGCACAGAUGGGAUGGACCUCCGCAUCGUGACCUUUGACCUGGUGGAUACAGGGUUGAACAGCGGGGAUGUUGUCAGCACGGCGCGGGUCGUACCAUACGUCCUGAGGGUGGCGCUUUCCCUCGGGACGGACGUGUGGCUUCGUCCGUCCGUCUCCGACACUCACUUUGACUUCCAGUUCAUUGUAUCUCCAACUGGAGACCAUUCAGAUCCAGACAACCUUGUUCUUGCUGUUGACUACACUGUGGAGCAGGAGUAUUUGUUGAAGGCGGCCUAUCCCAUACGACAAAUGCCUAAUGAGGGGUUCUACACUGAGCUCCACCUGGACGGUGCCUUGUUCCUCAACCUUGCAAACUACCCCGAGCUAAAGAGGUUCUGUGACACCAGUCCGUAUCUUGGCAUCCAUGUGGACUAUGACAACAGGCUUGCUGAGGUCAAUGACCUGCAGAACAACUUGGCCUGGCAACACGUAGCACUCACCUGUCCUGAUGCAGGACUAAGCAUCGAGAUGUUCCACAACCUGAGGACCCAGAAUGACAAGAUCUCCGCUGGUUUCCCCACACAAGUCAACUUCACUGUCAGCGUCACCAACCUGGGAGGUACCAUUCCACAGGCCAGCAGAGGGGUGCCCAACAUUGCCCUGAAACUUCUUCUGUCAGACACUCUGGACAUGAGGUAA